AUGCCAUCGUCUCGACCUCCACCGUCGAUGUAUCCACCUUUACCUCGGUCAGUCACUCACUUGCCGCCUUUCCCACAACUACUUCACAUCAAAGACGAAUCGCAUAAUCAGUCACCGUCACAGACUCAGACACCUGAGAACGCAGAUUCGGUACUUCCGGGAGUAUCAGAUGAUGAAGAUGAGGAGACACUCGAUGCUAUACCAAGUCCACAAACAAAUACCAACGAGAAGAAGAAAGAGAGGAAACCACAUGCGACGAGAAGGAGGGUCGUACAGAGUUGUUCGGAAUGUAGAAGGAGAAAAAUAAAAUGUGAUAAGAAAUUUCCUUGUGGGCCAUGUAUAUUGAGGAAUGAUCAAGCGAGGUGUCAUGAAGUGGGGAUGGCGGAGAAGAAUGUCGUAGCAUCACCAAACAACUUCGCUACGACAUCCGAACUAGCAGUCCUCGCCCAUCGAUUGGACGCAUUAGAAGCGGCAUUAGUCAAGAACGGGGCAUUACGAUCGUCAGAUCUAGAUCAUUUCCUCAACAUCCUCAGAGAAGGCGAGGAAGGAUCGUCCUCGACCCCAAAGCUCGCAAAGCGGAGCAACUCGACCAAAAUUCCUGUUCCUUCAGGUCCUGGCGGAGGCUCGUCCCAGGCACUAACAGAGGAAGAGACUGUGGAUGAUACUGAGGGAGCAGCCUUGACAUUGGAGCAUCUCGCAUUCGGUAGAUCUAGAGCAGACGGUUCUCAUUCUAUGCCUCAUUUCGGAUCAAGGUUAUCUUCCGUAUCUCGUCCAGCACCUAAUAACGAUUAUCACCUUGCGAAAUCUAUAGUUCCUCAACAGGCACCUCUCACACUUUCUCCACCCCCUCUGGGAAGUUUACAUCUACCUCCAUUAGAACAGACAAGAUCGAACGAUUCGCUGGGACUCAGGAGGAUAGGUUCAUACCCCGCUAAUCAGACUCCCGGUGUAACGCCCGAAGGAGCUGAACCGUCGAGAUUAUCAAUAGAAGAAAGAGCUCAAAAGAUAGAUCAAUUGUUGGAAUUAUUAGGUCCGACGGAUAUUUUCGACUUAUUCUAUAGGAAAACCGAUGUGGCCAUUAUUGCUUUGACGAGGUUGUUACCUUCCAGACAGAGAGGAGAGGUUCUGGUGAAAGCGUAUCUGGAAAAGGUAGAUUGGUUGCAUCGAUGUAUGCAUGUGCCGACUUUUUUAAGACAAUGUAACGAUCUAUGGUCCCUACCUUCGGAACGGGUUGCACAUGACAUCGCUCUACCUUUCUUAGGAUUGUAUUUGACGGUCUGUACACUCGGUUUGACGUUCAUGGACCAGUCGGAGAUUAGUAGACACUUUACGGUUGAGGAAGCUCAUUCUUUGCCUGACACAUGGUUCAAUGCUGCCAGAAGUGCAUUAUGGGCAGCUGAUUUCGUCGGAAGUCAUACGAUGGAAGCUUUGCAGUGUAUCAUACUUCUAGGUGUAUUCAUGAAUAAUCGGGAUAGAGCAGAUGCAGCUUGGGCGUUACUUGGUGCAGCUAUCAAAAUGGCACAAGGAUUAGGUUUGUCACGAUUGGGUGCAGAGCAACAAGCGGUAGAUGGGAAACCGCUACCUAUGUGGACGGGUAGGUGGGAGAGUCUGAUUCAGAGGGAAGUAGGAAGGAGGAUCUGGUGGAAUUUGGUAUUUUUGGAUUGGCAAUUGGCACCAAGCUACAACUUUUCUUGCAGUAUUCAACCUGAUCAAAUCAAAACCGCAUUGCCAGCGAAUAUCGAAGAUGAAGAUAUAAUCGACGAUCAACCAUUCAAACCUCAACCUAUAUCUGUCAGAACAGGAAUGUCGUUCCAACUUGCUCGAUUGAAGUUCGCCGAGAUCACUCAAAGGCAGAUUUGGCAGGCUAAUAACAAUCAUCAUCCACCCUAUUCAUUCAUUCUGAGUGUGGACGGAGAAUUACGAAAAGCAAUGAUGGAGCUGCCCGAGUUCUUUCAACCCGAUCCUAACACCAAGGGACCACCCUCGCAAGAUCCCAAAGCUCUCGUGCGGUACUAUGAGAAGAUCAUGCUCAAUUUGGCUAUUCACUCAAGAAUGAUGAGAUUACAUAGACCUUGGUUGUCCAGAGGAUACGAGGAUGAAAGGUUCGCUUACUCGAAGGAACAAUGUAUACGAGCUGCUAGAGCAAGUUUGAGGAUGAUGUCGGACGCUGACGGAACAGCUUCGUUCUUGGAAAAGUGGUGGUUACCUCUCUUCUAUGUAUCCGUAUCCGGUCUGGUGGUGAUCAUCGAUCUACUUCGAACACCUCGAAGACAAAUGUACUCUCGUGAGACCGAUGCCAAGAUCUCAGAAGUCAAAGGUGCAUUGGAUCAGAUGAGAGGUAUAAUGGACGUGUCACAUCCUGCUAGAGCAGCUGUACGAGUCAUGGAUCUACUUUUAGCCGAAGUGGAAGAUCGACGCCAAACACCCGGGUCAUCCCUUGGCAAACGGAAAGACCCGGAUGAUGUUGACGAUGAAGAGUCCGGUGGAUUACAGAGAGCAGUCAAGAAGUUGAUUCGACAAGCGCAACUGGAAGCUGAUUCGCCCAAUACCUCAAUGACCUCGACCACACCGGAUCAUAACAGACACGUAUCGCAGUCACCUCAAAAUAGCGAUCAUGGUAAUUCCCAACAACAUAAGGAGAGUGAACGACCUGUAUUUGAUGCUUAUCCGAUGCCCUUCAAUCCUGUUCAACCUACUAUCACUCAUGCUACUGGGCCUCCUCCACCUCAACCACAACAAGGUAACAUACAAUCUCACCAAGCCGCUUCACAACAGCAACAACAGCAGCAAAAUGGAUAUAACCCUUUACUCACUGGUAACAUGAAUACUAAUCCAUUUACAUUCCCUAUCGAUACAUCUACAAGCAACUUUUCGACUUUCCCUUCCUUCGAUAUGAUGAAUAACUUGAACACCAAUGGGACGAACCGGAACUUGAACGGCAGUGGAUCAGGCAAUUUGGAUCCAGCUGUUCAAUCGAUGUUAAGUAAUUAUUUCCCUUCGGCGCAAACUCAAAGUAAUACCAAUCCCCCUACAUUGCCUCAAGCACCGGAUGAUUUCUUAUCGAGGGUAUUCGGUUUCGGAUGGGAUGGUGCGUCCGCAUCCACAAAUGCACAGCAACCACAGCAAGGAACAAACGCAAAUACUGGUGCACCAAUCCAACCUAAUCUUCCUACUCAGACACCACAUCCAUCUCAGCAGAAUCAAAAUCAAAACGAGUCGGAUAAUAACAAUGGAGCAAAUGGUCAGAAUGGAUUUGGAACGAUGGGUGCACCUGGUAAUUUACAGGGAUGGAGUAGUCAUGGAUGGAUGGCAUAA